CCAGAGAGUUGGAAACGCUGGAAGCAAAAAAAAAAAAAAUUCCAGCUACAGAGCUGCACCAUGCGCCUCCCCUGAGUGGGGUUGGAAUAAUCACCGGGAAGCCGUUUGUACUCAAAAUAUAUUAAAUUAUGACAACGCCUGACCAUCUUGGAGCUCCCACGCUAUGGUUUUACUUCGUCUCCUCGCUUUCAUGGACAACCGCCGCCGCCGUUGCCCGCCUGUAAUGACGCUUCUCAACUACACAGAUGGAUUAAGAAAUCAAGCAAGAAUGAAGGUGUGAAUUGGACCGACUGGAACAUAUUACAUUGCAUCCUGCUGGAGAUACCUUUUCGAUGUGGGCGUUCACAGAUAACAGGAUUUUAAGUGAAGUUGAAUGAUGGCAUCACGUUGGGUUCCUUCUUGUGAAGAUGAUGAGAGACAACAAGCAAGAUCCUCUUUCUGUAGUGAGAAUGACUCUCCUGAGUGGAGAAGCUUGGCGGAUUCUCCUGCAGCACAGUACCCAACAGAGGAGGAGCCGUUCUCAUGGCCGAGACCUAAAACCGUGCAUCUGCGCCGCACUUCUCAAGGGUUCGGCUUCACCCUGCGGCACUUUAUCGUGUACCCACCGGAGUCAACUUCACACUGCUUCCCGGAGGAAGAUCAUGGCCGCAGAGGGAGACAGCGGAAUAGGCUAGAGCCGAUGGACACCAUAUUUGUGAAGCAAGUCAAGGAAGGUGGCCCCGCUCAUGGAGCUGGGCUUUGUACAGGUGAUCGCAUAGUGAAGGUGAAUGGAGCAAGCAUCAUUGGGAAAGCCUAUUGUGAGGUUAUAUCCUUGAUCCAGGACAGUGGUGACUUUCUUGAAAUUUGUGUGAUGCCAAAAGAUGAGGAUAUUCUGCAACUGGCCUACUCCCAGGAUGCCUACCUCCGUGGCCACAGCAGCUACAGUGGAAAUGCCUGUCACAUUCCUGAUCCACCCACUGUAUGCUACCCCAGAGUAGACUGUAAGCCUACGGGCAUGGCCCAGGCAACAGAUUCAGUGGGGCAGGUUUGCCGAGGGCCAGCAGCACCUCCGGACCAUGGGUACCGCAAGGAGAUCACCGUGCCCCCAUCCCCUCCUCCUCAGUCAUAUCCAAAAAGCCAGAUGGCAGUGUGCAUGCGCAAUGACAGUGUGAGGACUGUGGUGGUUCCUCCUGAUUCGGCCCACAUGGGGCGCAUGGGUCCAACACAUAGAAUAGAUUACAUGGACCCCGCCUUUGUCAGGGGGAGGCCUGGGUCAUUGGCCCAGUAUCCUCAUCCUCGAAAGGCUGACGUCUAUCCCGGUGGUCCAGGAAUGGUUCCAUUUGGAGCUCCCGCACCUCACUUCCCAUCCAACCAUCAAAAUAUUGAUUGGCGUACUUACCAAACGUACAGGGAGUACAUUGACAACAAAGGAAUCCAUUCCCAUGGUAGUCGGACUAUCCAGGAGAGGCUGGAUAAUCUGCGAGCUGCCAGUCAAAACACCUUUGGAGCUGCUCAUCACAUUCCCCGGGGAAACUGGGGACCUAAGGGGAUACGGCGGAGGAGUACCUCCCAUGAACGGUCUUACCAAGGACCUCUACCCCACUUUCAGAUUGCCCCACGCAGUGCCUCACAGGACCGCAUAAGUGGUUCAGAGAGGAUGAGCCAAGCCAGAAACUGGCCACCUCGCAGUGUGUCUCAAGAUGGCCUUAUGCACAAAGCCCGGUCACACUCCACAGACUAUGUUGACCCUGCAGAGCUGUCUCGGCCCAUCGAGAGGAGAGGAGGAUAUGGAAGGGCAGACCAAGGUACGAGACCCAGCAGACAGUCUAACCCCAGACACGCCAUGGUCUACAGGCCUUCUGUUGGAUACAGCAGUGGCAUGAGGGGGCCACCCAAUUCUUCUCUCUACACUAAAGGACCAGAUUCUCUUCAGACUCGCUCCUCACCCAUGCUCGCAGACAGAGCCCCACAUUUUGGAAAGAGCACAAGUGCUGAACAUUCUCUUGCUGACCAAAGAGCUUUAGUCAAAGUUAACCACACAGGCCACACUACCCAACAAGGUCUGGGCAGGAUGCGAGCUGAAACCAUACAGGCUGUUGAGGCGGGCAGAGACGCAGCCUUGGUGGGACACAGGUCCUCUUCAUGCUCUACCCCAAAACAGAUGCCUAAGAGACCUAUCAUCCUCAAACCACCCCAUCCAGAUUCUCAGAGCCAGGUGAAUGGACGGAGCCCUACGGAGACCGGGGUCGUUCUAAGGGAGAAACCCCCCUCUGGCAAGAACCCCAGCCCUCUGCGGCACCCCUCCUAUAUCCUGGCUGUAAACGACGACGGACCAGAUUCCACAGCAGAUGUGGUGGCAUGCUGGCUUCCCAACGAUGCACGUCGAGAGAUACACAUACGCCGCCUUGGGGAACAACAUCACACUUCCUGCUCCAGCAACCUGGAUGAGUCUCUGGACUCCAUUCCAUUCAUCGAUGAGCCAGUCAGCCCCAGUGUCGACCGGGAAGCAGCUCCUAUUCCACCUUCUGCUGUGAUAUCUGUUGCACCAUCGAUAACUACAGGUCCCUCCAGUCCAGGCUCACCAUGCCCUCCCAUUCGUCGACAGCUGUCACAUGACCAAGAGUCCCUAAGAAGUGCUUUGCUGGAGUCUGAAACAGCCAGCAAAACAGAGCGGUCCAAAUCCUACGAUGAAGGUCUGGAUAACUACCAGGAGGAGGGAAGAGGACGUUCUUCCAGUAAGCAUAUGCCAAGUCUCAGGGGGCUGAGAAAGGCUCUGGAUGGUCAUAAAUCUUCUGUGGAUUCUGGAUCUCGAAGGGACUCCUCUUCAGAUAUCUUUGCUGAUUCGUCCAAAGAGGGCUUCCUUAACUUUAGGCAACUUAGUACAGAUAAAAAUAAGCGUGUUGGUGGAGGAAUGAGAUCAUGGAAGCAGAUGUAUGUAGUGUUACAAGGUCACACCCUGACCUUCUACAGAGACAGAAAAGAUGCGCUGUCUCAUGCUUCAUCGCAGUCUGAUGAGGACCCCCUGCGAAUCAGCAUCAAGGCCUGUCUGAUUGACAUAUCCUACAGCGAUACAAGACGCAAGAAUGUGCUGCGACUAACCACCUCGGAUUGUGAGUACUUGUUCCAGGCAGAAGGGAGGGACGACAUGCUGACCUGGAUCAAAGUCAUUCAGGAAAACAGUAACCUUGAUGAAGAGAAUGCUGCUGUAACAAGUCAGGACUUGAUCAGUCGAAAGAUCAAAGAGUACAACAUGAUGAGUGCACCCAGCAGCAGGUCUGAACCAUCCCCCAAAACCUCCCGACAAUCCCUCAGCAUCAAACAAGCCCUCCUGGGAAGUAAAACAGACGGCAAGAUCCACAGCCCUCAUUCACCCAAAACAGGAGAGGAGCGGAGGGCGCUGAAAGAUGACUCCAGUCCACCAAGGGACAGAGCUGCUUGGAAAAUUGGAAUUGCAGGGAUCAUGAGGAAGCCCUUUGAAAAAAAGACUCCAGCUGGUGUCACAUUUGGGGUGCGACUUGAUGACUGCCCACCCGCACAGACUAACAGAUUUGUCCCUCUGAUUGUGGAGGUGUGCUGUAAGGUGGUGGAGGAAAGAGGUCUUGAGUACACAGGGAUCUACAGGGUCCCUGGGAACAAUGCUGCCAUCUCCAGCAUGCAGGAGGAGCUCAACAGCAAAGGCAUGACUGACAUCGACAUCCAGGAAGACAAAUGGCGGGACCUUAAUGUCAUCAGUAGUUUACUAAAGUCCUUUUUCCGAAAACUUCCAGAACCUCUGUUUACAAACGAAAAGUACGGUGACUUUAUUGAAGCCAACAGAACAGAAGACUCCGUUGAGAGACUAAAGGAGCUUAAGAGGCUGAUCCAUGAAUUACCUGAUCAUCACUUUGAAACUCUGAAAUUCCUUUGUGCUCACCUCAAGAGGGUUUCUGAAAACUGUGAAAAGAACAAGAUGGAGCCUCGUAACCUGGCGAUUGUGUUUGGGCCAACGCUGGUGAGAACUUCCGAGGACAACAUGACCAACAUGGUCAAUCACAUGCCGGACCAGUGCAAGAUAGUUGAGAACCUAAUCCAACAAUAUGACUGGUUCUUCACCGACGACGGUGAUGAGGAUCCUGUUACCACAGCUGAGCAGGAAAGCACGGUGCAGUCUCAGCCUGUGCCCAAUAUCGACCACCUGCUCUCCAACAUUGGACGGACCGCAGCCUCGCCGGGCGAAGUCUCAGAUUCAGCAUGUAGUGACUCCUCCAAAUCAAAGCAGGGCUUGUGGGGGUCAGGGAAGGAUCAGUGUAGCAAAGAGAUGCUGCGCUCCUCCUUCUUCGUCAGCCGCAAACGCAAGAAGCCCAAGGACAAAGUUCCUCCCAGCAGUUCAGAUGACGACCUGGACACUGUGUUCCCCAAGAAGGAGCUCCCAGAGGAGAGCCAGCAGCAGCCUCUGUGGUCCCCAGGCAGCCGGACCGAGGAGGAGGGGGAGACGGAUGAAACCAGUGAGAAAGAGAAGCACAGGAACAGCUCAGAGGAACAGCUCAACAAAACCAACGGGAAAGAGUCUCUCUCUAGCAGCCUGACGUCGCAGCCCUCUCCCUCCCCGCCUCCCCAGCACCUUUCCUCCACCCUUCAAACUGGCUCCCCGUACGCCUCACCCUCCCACUCCCCGAGCCUCAGCUACCGCAUGCCAAUGACUCACCAGUCCUCCCUAUCAGACCCACCCUCCAACUAUGACGAUACGGUGUCUGACCUCGGUACGAUGAACAGCACCAGCUCUCAGGCUUCGGUGCCCAGAAUGAGGCGUGGCAGGAUGUUGGCUCUGGGACCAGAAGCGGGACCCAGCGGGCUGGGAGCAGAGGUUUGCUCCAUCACCUCUGACUACUCCACCACAUCAUCCAUGACGUUCCUGACUGGAGCUGAGCUAAGCACCCUCAGUCCUGAAGUGCAGUCUGUGGCUGAGAGCAGGGGUGGAGAUGAUGCGGAUGACGAGCGCAGUGAGCUCAUCAGCGAGGGAAGGCCGAUGGAGACGGACAGUGAGAGUGAUCUGUCGGUGUUUACUGUCGGGAACGCCAGAGCAGCUGAGCAACGAGAACUGCAGGAGGCUCCACGACCCCUCCCCUCCCACAGACUAAUCGAAUGCGACACACUGUCAAGAAAGAAAGCUGCUCAACAGAAAACUGACAGCGAGUCUUCACUGGACGGCGCUCGCAGUGAUAAAGAUUCCAACAGACUGUCACGUGUUUUGGGGUCAGUCAAGGGUCGUUCCACUGGCAGCCUCAGCUCAUCGUCUCGGAGCGAGCUGGAUAAGACUGAGCCCGCAUGGAAGCUGAAGAUCACAGACCGACUGAAGGUGCGUCUGCGAAUGUCAGUGGAUGACAUGUUUGGCGUUGGCAGCCAGAGGAGCCGGUCCCCCGAGGGCCGCAGUAAGAAGAAGAACAUCAGACGCAGACACACCAUGGGCGGCCAGAGGGACUUUGCCGAGCUGUCUGUUUUGGGAGACUGGCAACAGGUCGGCAUCGGUUCAGGCUCUCGGUCGGAGCUGUCAGCUGUGGACCGGCUGAAGCCUAAGUGCAGCUCUCAGGACUUCUCCAUUGGGGACUGGAUUGCCCGCGAGCGUCACCGCACCAGCAACCCCGAGGUUAGCCUGGACUUCUCUGAACAACAGGGGGGGCUGUGCAGCACAAACACCCAAAACCUCGGAGCCUCGUCCUCCUCUGAACUGCCACAUCGUCCAGCUGAGGUGUUGAACGGGGACGUCCCCCAGAGUAAAAAUCUGAGCCUUUCAGCCACCGCUCACCCGCAUAAACUCACUAGUUCCCAGGUGGUCCAUUCGCGCUUCUAUCAGUACCUGUGAGAAGUGUUGGAGGUGUGUGACUUUUCGUUCUCUGUCUGUGAGAUGUGUACGUACUUGGGAGUCUGUUAGCGUAAUGUCUGUCGUGUGACCAAUGUUUGUGAAUGAGCAUGUUGUACAAAAAAAAUGUCUGGAGUGUGUCUGUAACUGGUGUGUGCGCCUGUGAAAAGAGAAUUACUGCACACAGGGAUCGUUGAUCUUGCUCGUGUAUAAGGCAUGGAACAAAUGUCGAUCAUACAUUUUCUUUCUUUUUUUUUAAUGACAAAUGACUUUGGGAUGGCCCAGGAGGGGUGAUUUCAUCCCCUUCUAAUACAAAUCCCUGUUAUGCUGAAGAUUGAGAGGACCUGCAACUCAUGAAACAAUGAGCCUGUGAAGUACAGUACGUGCAAGGAAGUGUGGACAUUCGAGUUAAGAUUGUUAAAAGGCUUAGCUAAGGCUUUAAGGAUGAACUGACUUUUAGGAUGAGUAGGAAGUAGUAGAAAAGUACAGAAUUUUAGUAUUGCAGAGGAACUAUUUUUGUGUAAAGAAAGUUACAAUGUUCAAAGUCAGUGAGUCUCUCAGUAACCAAAUGAAGAAUGUACAGACAUGCUUGCUGUAAUACAGACUAAAAGCUUUAGAUGCUUGUGUUUCAUUCUAAAGUGUACAUAUCCCUAUUUUUCUGUGUACUUGAAUUGUGUUUUUGGUACAGCCUGUGUGUGAGCUGCCUAUAAAAGGGGCUUCUCCAAAGGUACAAAGGUGACAAGGAGACACUGGACUUAUGCAAAUGGAAAAAGAGUUCUUAUUCAUCCCAGUUACAUGGUUUAAAGAGCAGUGAACAACGUCCCUCUGAUGCAAAUGUUAAUGCUGUGUUUUAGUGUUUGUGGUUCAAACAUCUGUCAGUGAGUGGCGGUAGAUUGCAAAGAGGGAGGGGGGAAAAAAAGUUGGAAGAGAAGAAGAAAUUGUGUAAUCAAAUCAGAAAAUCAUGUUUCUUCACAAUAGGAAGUGCCUCACAAUGAAAUGUUAUGGGUGCCAUAUAUUGUCUUUGUUGAGAUACACGAAGAUGUUACUGUGAAUGACAUUUUUAUUGUUGACUCUCACAGUCAUUCUACAGGUUCUGUAACAAAAUGCCGAGCUUCCAUUCCUUAGGCAUUCCACUCUGGUCUUAACAUGUUUUAUACUUUUCUCUUUUUUUUCCCUGUUUUUUCAUUUUUGAUUUUAACAGAACUUGAAUUUUAAAUAUUCCUUGUAAAAUAAGUAACUUAAUGUACAUAUAAAUGCCAUGUUUUA